UCGACCGGGCUCUGGACCCGGCUCAGCGCCUUGAGCCGAGUGCCCAGCCACAGGAUCGCCCAGCGAACGCAUGGAGCCCCGGACCGCUGACGGCAGCUUCUUGGGAGACGUGGGUUUCUGGGUGGAACGCACCCCUGUACAUGAAGCCGCCCAGCGAGGUGAGAUCCUACAGCUGCAGCGGUUGAUUGAGAGUGGUGCCUGUGUUAACCAGGUCACAGUAGAUUCCAUCACACCCUUGCACGCAGCCAGUCUGCAGGGCCAGGCAAGGUGUGUGCAGCUGCUGCUAGCAGCUGGUGCCCAGGUGGAUGCCCGCAAUAUUGAUGGCAGCACCCCUCUCUGUGAUGCCUGUGCCUCGGGUAGCAUUGAGUGUGUGAAGCUCUUACUGUCCUACGGAGCGAAGGUCAACCCACCCCUGUACACAGCAUCCCCCUUGCACGAAGCUUGCAUGAGUGGGAGUUCCGAAUGUGUGAGACUUCUUAUUGACGUUGGGGCCAACCUGGAAGCACACGAUUGCCAUUUUGGGACCCCUCUACAUGUAGCCUGUGCACGAGAGCAUCUGGACUGUGUCAAAGUGCUGCUCAAUGCAGGGGCCAACGUCAAUGCAGCAAAACUUCAUGAGACAGCCCUUCAUCAUGCGGCCAAGGUGAAGAACGUUGACCUCAUCGAGAUGCUCAUUGAGUUUGGAGGCAACAUCUACGCCCGGGACAACCGAGGGAAGAAGCCAUCUGACUACACGUGGAGCAGCAGCGCCCCCGCCAAGUGCUUCGAGUACUACGAAAAGACACCUCUGACCCUGUCACAACUCUGCAGGGUGAGCUUGAGGAAGGCUACCGGUGUCCGAGGACUGGAGAAGAUCGCCAAGUUAAAUAUCCCUCCCCGGCUCAUUGAUUACCUUUCCUACAACUGAACUGAACACGGACCAGGCCGGGCUGGAGACUCCUGGAUUGCUGCUCUUACUGUGCCCAGCAUCAGGCUGCAGAGGGUUCUUCCUGUUUGUCUGAAACCCCUAAUUGCUAUGGAUAGAACAUUUGUUUGAGUCCCUUUGCAGCCCUGAAUCCUGAACCCUGAACCCUGGAGAGUAUUUCCAAGGCCUCGAGCUGGCCUGUGUCUCAGAUCAUAGUUGCAAGUGUGACCUUGUGCUGGUGGUCUGGAAUUUGUGCUGUCAUUCCAACAUAGACCCAACUGUCCAGCCCUCUUUGCAAUGACCUUCCUCACAGGCACUCCCAGGACAGACAGCUCAGGGAGCACAGGGGAGGCCAACUGAGGCUGGUAAUGCAGGGCAUGGUUGUUGAUUUUCAUGUCUGUGGCCUACCGCGGAAGUACCAGGACCAUCUCUGACUCAGCAUCAGGGCAGCUCUCCAUGUUGAAAGGGAGUGGGCUGUGCUCCAGAAACUGAGCCCAUGGUAGAUUAGGAUCUGACCAUGUUGUCUGGGAUGGCCGCUCUGCCGACAUCCUGACACCUGGAUGCUUUUUCUGAAGCAGCAGUUGAGACUUUCUAAGGCCUACCUGUGCCCGUGUGAAUCUAUCACUCAGGGGUUUCAUACGAGUCUUGGGAAAUGGUUUUAGCUCUGUGUUCCCCACUACCAGCAAUGUUUCUUUGGAAGUUUGUCUUCAAUAUUAGGUGUCAACUCUUGGAAUAGAUUUUAUGUGGGAUUUAAAAAUAUGCUUAGAAGUUAGGUAGGCUGUAACACUAAGGUUUCAUGAAUGAGCCAGUCAAUCAAGAGGUAAUAAGAAGGCAUGUUAGAAUAUAUUCUCUUAGGCAGUCAUUUCCAAUGUAAAGGGUUAUUAGGAGACCCUUUUGGGAUUGAUUUUCAUCAACUAUUUACCCACUCUAAACUUCUUUCUAACUGCUUGAAGCUAUGAAAAUGGUAGAAGUUGGGGCAUCUGAUGGGCCUUAGCACCCAUAACCCAGUGGGCCCUGGCACCCAUUUAUUCAUUGGUUUUACAGAUACUCAUAGAAUAUGUGUUACACAUAAGGCAUUAUUCCAGUGCUCUGAACAACAGAGGAUGAAGCUCAUCAGCCAAGGCAGGAAUUAGUGCAAGUACAUUUGGUUUCGGUGGGAACGCAGAAGGCAUCAAUGUGAAUGCUGUUGUGGGUCAUGAAUAUCUUAGACAGUGUACUUAGAAAUGGGAACGUGGACUAGAGACUGAGCUGGCCCAGGUGAUGCUAAUUGUGCCACGUGACCAGAGGCAUCUCUCCACAUGGUUACUUGGGUGGGGCCACAGAUCAGAGUAUUUUCCAUCUUUAAGGCUUUAGUCAUUAUUUUAGGGCUUCAUCUUAUACUGAGAAGAAGAGCCACUUCUGUUGCGUUAAGUCUUAGAUAAAAGUUCUAGAUGAAUCUGUGUCUGCAUGUAAUAAUAGUUUUUUUUUAAAAAAAAAAAAACAUAGAGUACUGCCCUUUCUUUCAUCUUUGUAACAGAAACUUGUCUCUAGCAAUGGAAUCUGAUUACCUCCCACACAAUAUAGCACUUAAUACAGAAUCUUAUUUGCUCAAUAAACAUGGCUGCAUAAAGCUCA